UAUCUUGUGAAUGAAAAAAAUGACCCUGCAAUUUGAAUACAAAUAGGGGGAAAUUUUCGAAAACUAAUUGUGAAGACCAAUAGACAUCUGCAGAGGAGCUCUGAGACAUCUGUCAAUCCUCAUUUCAUGGUAAUGACCUCAUGGAAAUGAGAACAGUCCGUGCAUGACCAAUAAGAGAUAAUUGUUAUGAGAAACUUCACAUGAAGCACUUCAAAGCGCAUCUCGUACAAUACAGACAGUGUUGGAAGAGCAAAAUCCAGAGUAAUGUCAAACUACGAGUGCAAGCAGUUUACAGAUUGGUACGCUUUUAAGCAAGAUAUCUAUAUAUAUACUUGGACACUGGUGGCAGUUAUGUGUCUUCUUGUUUUACCAGUAGUUGUAAUAAACGCGUUCAUUCUGACGGCCAUUGUUCGUACACCAACUCUUCAUACUCCUUCCAAUAUCUUGACUUGUCAUUUUGCAGCAGCCAACUUGGGACUUGCCUUGAUUGGCACUCCUUCAGGAGUAGCGUGGAGGUUGUUAGAAUUAUACCAUCAUGACUACGAUGUAGUAUGCACCAUAACGUUUUUUGGUUACUCGAUCUGUGGGUUAUUCAAUGGCGGAAGUGUCUUAACAUUAGUAUUUGCGACUUUGGAUCGGUAUCUUGCGUUGAUUUUCCAUUUACGCUAUCCAGUGAUUGUCACCAAUGGAAGGACUAUCUUUCUAUGCAUCAUCUCUUGGCUGGCGUCUUUAAUUGCAAUUCUUCUCCUUUUAGUCGGAGGAAAUACUUAUUAUAUUGUUGUAUCAAUAAUCAUGGUGUUUUUGUUGGUCGUCAUCGUUUAUUGCUACUCUAAAAUCUUCACUAUCACACGACGUCAUCAUAAUCAGAUUGCAAACCAAGCAGGAAACGCCAUGGCCGUCGUCAAUCACUACAAACGCUAUCGAAAGUCUGCGUUGAACCUCUUUUAUGUUGUGUGUUGUCAGUUCGCUUUCUUAACGCCUUAUUUGUUUAGUAUUAUCACUUUUGCUUUUCAUGGUGUUUCGGUCGCAAGCUUACGAUUCUGGAGCGUCAGCACAUGUUUUUUAUUUCUGAAUUCCUUAGUUAACCCUUUGAUUAUUUACAUGAGCUAUGGGGAGCUGCGGGCUGCCAUUAAGAACACUGCGAGGUCCUGCUGGAUAAAAUAAAGCGAACAAGUGCACUAUAGACUAGUAGGACACUCGUAUGAUAGAAUAAUGUUUAAUUGAUCUGAGAUAGUUGAACUGUCAUUUUGUCCUAGAUAAAUUGACUUGAAAGGAACAUUCAAUCUCCUUGCUUGUAUGCCACUUAAAAAGACACUUGUGAUGGGAUCAAUACGAUCUCAAAAUACUUCAUGAAAAACGAUUAGGAGACUGUUGGCUUUUGCCUCUCUAGCAAAAUGUGUCAUAUGACUAGUUGGUGCAUGAUGAAAUGCUCGCUUUAUAGUGAGUGGUGAUGAGGAAGAGUGUGUCUGCUUCAUGGAUCGUGUGCGCGGACGUAUAUAUACUUAACUUUCAGUAUUUAACUAUUCCAGUAUUUUAUUCAGUGUUUGA